UGUUAAUCCGCCCUUGUGUGACGCACCGGGAAUUUGUGGGUUGUCGGUGGUUUCGCGUGGUGUUAAGGACUAGGUGUUUUGGCUUAAUUUCACAUCAUUUUGAAGAGGAUUUUGAAUUGUAAAUCGGUUCGUUUAUAUUUUGCAUCAUGCCUGGCUUUAGCAGUGUAGGCACAUUCAAGAUCUUCAUUGGCAAUUUGGCUGACAAGACAACAACUGCUGACAUUAAACCAUUGUUUGAAAAAUAUGGAAAGGUUGUGGAAUGUGAUGUUGUUAAAAAUUACGGGUUUGUUCAUAUGGAACAUGAAGAGGCUGGUAGAGAUGCCAUUCAGAAUCUGAAUGGUUAUUUGGUCCAUAACCAAGCCAUCAAAGUUGAGGCUGCUACAAGUCGCAAGGGUCCCCAGACUCCUACAACAAAGAUUUUUGUAGGAAAUCUGACUGAUAAUACAAAAGCUCCUCAAGUGCGUGCGCUCUUUGCCAAAUAUGGCACAGUUCUGGAAUGUGACAUAGUCAGGAAUUAUGGUUUUGUGCAUAUUGAGUCAAGUGAUGCAGUGAAUGAUGCAAUAAAGGAGUUGAAUGGUUUUGUUGUUGAUGGACAGCCAAUGAAAGUUCAGGUUUCUACAAGCAGAGUACGUCAGAGACCUGGGAUGGGGGAUCCAGAACAAUGCUACAGGUGUGGAAGAGGUGGACAUUGGUCAAAGGAAUGUCCAAAGACAGGGUUGGGUCCUGACAGGAAUGGGUUUAGGGAUCGCAUGUUUGGACGUGAGCCAUAUCCUCCUCCACCACCGCCACCAUUCCUCCGUGACCGCAUGAUGGGAAGAUUUGCUGUGAGGGAUGGUUUCUAUGAUGGCUAUUAUGAACGCAGUCGCUUUGAUGAAUCCCGGGAAAUCUUUGAUCGUCGCUUCCCACCCCUUCCUCCCCGUGAUAUUGGACCAUCUCUACGAGGACGUGACUUCUUGCCGCCACCUCCCCUUCCUCCCAGGCCUCGUGAUCCUCUGCCCCCACCCCCACCAUUGGGACUACGUGGCCCAUCCAGUUCAUUGAGAGAUUCGUCAUCAUUUGAUCGUGGCAGUUCAGACUAUGGUAUAUUCAGUCGCCGCUCACCAUCUGCUUCGGCAACACCACCAAACAGAUUCAGCCGUCUGUAUGAGGAUUUCAGCCGCGACAGUUUUGAUGACAGGAGACCGGCCGUGCGUGGAACAGCGUCCCCUCGCCGCUAUGCACCGUAUUAGAUGCAUUCAUCCGUCGAAGGUUUAUGCCGAUCGGUAGCGUCGGCAUCGGUCGGGUGAAUUGUUCGCUCGUGCGGGAAGCCUUGGGCCGAUUGAACGGGAAGACGGGACAGGCAUCCGUGUAGCGGACUUCCUCUCUUGAAUUCCUUCACAAGUUCGUCUCCUUUCGAGUUAAAAGAACUUGGUACAUGUUCACGUACCAAUAUCAUUAUCUUAAUUCAUGAGUAGUUCAUCUUUAUAUGUAAGUUUCAGUUUAGCUGCAGCAGUUGUAGUGUGCUGUAUUUUUCAAAUACAUUUCCGUGACACUUAGAUUCCAAUGUAAAUGUUACUAUACUGAUAAUGAUUCGAAAAUAAUUGUUGGCUGCAAAGUGACAAGAUGAAGAUGUAAUUCUGUUGUUUUUUUUUAUGUCUUAACAGGUUAUUAUUUCGGCAUUAUCGAGGUAGUGUUUUUGGCUGUUUAAGUUUCUCGUAGCAAGAUAAGUCUUAAAUUCUGUAACUUUUUUCGUGUGUUAUCAAUAUACAAUAUAUAUGUACUGUGUA